AUGUAUCUUAGAGGAGCUGUCGCGGCCACCUUGGCCACCACGGUCUUGGCCCAGACCCAGCAGGGCUUCAACUACGGAGCCACCAACGAAGACGGCUCUUGCAGAGGCUAUGAUGACUUCGUGAGCUACUUCAACACCGCAAAGAGCCUGGCCGGAACAUCGGGCUUCGCAUCUGCCCGUCUCUACACAUCGAUCCAGUGCGGCACGGUAAACGACCCGAUCUCGGCUUACCAGGCCGCGAUCGACACCGAUACUCAGAUCUUGGUGGGCCUGUGGGCCAGUGCCGGCCGCGGAAUCUACGAGAACGAGCUCAACUCUCUGCUGCGCGCCGCCGAGCAGUACGGCACCGCCUUCACUGACCGUGUCGUUGGCAUCAGCGUCGGAUCCGAGGAUCUCUACCGCAGCAGCCCCGAUGGCGUUGCCGCCAACGCCGGCGUCGGAGCCACCGGCGCCGAGAUUGAGGGAUACAUUGGCUGGUUGAGGGACUGGAUCCGCGGCACCGCGCUCGAGGGCAAGCCCAUCGGCCACGUCGACACCUGGACCGCGUGGGUGAGAGGCGAGAAUGCCGGUGUCGCCGCCUCUGUUGACUGGCUCGGCCACAACUCCUUCCCCUACUUCGAGUCGACCAAGCCCAACGCCAUCGAGCAGGCCGCCGACAACUUCUGGACUGCCGUGGGUAACACCGAGAGUGUUGCAGGAGGAAAGCCUGUGUACAUUACCGAGACUGGCUGGCCGCACAGUAAGUUGAACCAGACCCAGACCCAGCCUCACCGUUACGGUGCUACACGUCUCAAAAUGUCUUUGACUAACAUGUUUAUCGUAGUCGGUCCUCAGCAGGGCGCUGCCGUCGCUUCUGUCGAGAAUGCUCACACCUACUGGUCUCAGGUCGGCUGUGCUCUGUUUGGUCAGCGCAACGUGUGGUGGUACACCCUUCUUGAUGCGAACACUGCGCAGACCGACAUCUCCUUCGGCGUGACGCCGGCAGGCAGCUCGACUCCCGUUUUUGAUCUCAGCUGUUAA